CAGUCAGUCAGUUGUUAUCGAGCGUUACUUGGAGUUGGUUGGGCUGCCCACUGCCAGGCUGUGUGUGUUGUUGUUAGUGUUUAGUAUUAGUAUUAGUCGUGUGCGCGCUGCGAAAAUCUGAGCACCUCUCAACCCCCUACGCCCCCCACACACGCUCGCGUUGUCGCCGCCACUGCCGCCGUCGUCGUCGUUGCCGUCGUCGUCUUUGCUGUCAGUUCCAUUUGUAUUAUUUUUGAUUAACGGAACCAGAACGAGAAAUACCCGGAAAUGGAUUACAUUGUAAAGGCCUACAAGGACUGGAAAUUGCACUCGCAAUUUCAAGAGAUCGUGCCCGAUAUGGAUGAUUCGGAAUUCAUGUUCAACGAAAAGCAAUCGAUACGCGACUCUUCACGCACCCUCAAGAAAUACGGCAGCACCUGCUGCAACAGCAUGAUGAGGAACAAUGAAAUCCUCAUACGACACACUGUGGAGAAGACCGACACACUACAGGGCAUUUCACUCAAAUAUGGCGCAACGACGGAACAAAUACGUCGCGCCAAUCGCCUCUUUGCCUCGGACAGCUUGUUCUUGCGUCAGUUUUUGCUGGUGCCAGUGGAGAAGACAUCCCCCUACUAUUUGCAGGCGAAUGGUGGGGACUUGCUUGAUGUCGAUGUCGAUGCACUCACCACUGACGCCAACGUCUGCGCCGCCUCCUCUCCGCCCACUACUCCCGAUGCGAAUUUGCAGCGUGAGGCGCUCAACAAUGCGAACAAUUUGCAUUUGAGCCAGGGCAACAACUGCAGCAUGUACAACAGCAGCGGCAGCAGCAACAGCUGCAACACAAACACCAGCUCUAGCUCCAGCAGCUCGACAAGCACACGCUCCGCCGGAGGAGGCACCACACCACGUCCCUAUUCGAUUGCCGGCGAAUUGCUAGUGCAGGGCAUCGAUGAGGAUCCAGCGAUGAUGAACAAUCACAAUGCGUGCGGCAGCAAGCAGAGCAAAUCGCUGGACUCGGUGGCAGCCAUGACGCCCGAGGAGGAGAAUCGCAAGUGCAUGAAUGACUUUCUCAAUAAGAUAGACAACACAAUUUCCGAAUCGCGCAAAUACGUAGAGCGUUCCAAGGAUUUGGUUAGUAGCCAGAGUGAUGCGGAUAUUUGCAUCAGCGCCAGCACCGAUGUCUUUCCGCAGCGUCGCCAUCAGUUGAACAACUCCUACAAGAACAACAACAAUAAGCCGCCGCAUCAUCAGCGACACAGCUCCACGGGCAGUGGCAAUUCGGACACGGCUCAGCUGCUGAAUACAACACAGACGCGUCGCGUCCAGAACUCACUGAAGCGUCUGGAGAAGCAGCAGGAUGACUUCUUUGAAUUGUAGCAGCUUAUCCAACAAUCACUGGGAUAUCAAUCGACAAGCGCUUCGACGUUAGCUCUAGUUUAAUUACUGUGAAUGAGAGAAAGAGAGUUAAUUUUACAAAUUGUUUUUAAUUGCAGCGUAAUGCUGCACUAUAUGUAAAUUAUAUACUAUAAUCAUUAACAGACACAGACACACACUUACAUGUAGACACUACCUUUAUGAUAAUGAAGAAAGAGAAAGAAGAGGAUGUUAUGUUAUAAGCGCUGCGCUAUUUAAACCUGUACUAUAUACACACUAUACACUUCAUACUAUUAUCGUAUGUAUGUUGAUGAUGAUGACGACGACUCAGUUGUCGAAUGUUUUGAUCUUAUUGUUAAUCCAACUGUCAGCCCUUUGUAAUUGCCGCCAAUUUGCUUGCAAAGUCUGUGCCCCAUGCCCCUAGACCCCUCCCCUUGUGCCCCUUCUGACCCCCUCUUUAAUUAUGAUUACUUUUGUAUGACUAGCUUUAAUUACUCGUUUACUUUUACACACUUAGUUAUGUGAGAAUUAUUAAUAUUAAUUCACAAUAGCAUAGAACUUUAUAACACACACCCAACUAAAUGACUGCUCUUUUGCAAUAUUGAUUGGCCAAUUAGUUGACUUAUAUAUAUGAUAUAUUUAUUUGAGUCUGUGUGUCCUUAAUGUAAUUAAUUGUAAUGUAAAUUGUCCACACACAAAAACACACACAGUUUGUGCAAUCAAAUUCCAUUUAUUCAAAACACGUCCAAGCCUAUAAACACACAAACACGCCCCUUCCUAAAAAGAAAUCCAGCCGAUAUCGUUCCCUACACGGCCAAACAAAACUGCAAAAUCAAGUUGUAUUAGAAGAUUUUAUAAACAAACAAAAUAAAGUAAGCAAG